AUGAAUUUUGCUUCAGAUAACGUCUCAGCCAUUCAUCCAAAGAUUCUUGAAGCCAUCGUAGAAGGUAACAAAGGUACAGAUAAUUCAUAUGGUGGCGAUUCAUCAACAGCAGCCUUAAAAGACAGACUUAAAGAAGUUUUUGAACAUGACCUUGUUUACUAUUUCGCUUCCACAGGCACAGCAUCAAACUGCCUUGCAUUAUCAGCAUUCUGCCCACCAUACGGUACAAUUCUUUGUUCCGAUUCUGCUCAUAUUCUUACAGAUGAAUGCACAGCACCAUCAUUCUUUACAGGUGGCGGCCGUCUUAUGCACAGAUCAAAAUCCCCAUCCAAGUUCGAUCCGAAAUUAAUAUCAGAAACAGUAAAUGCCGCUAAAGGAUUACAUCCACAUGCUGGAAAGCCAACAGUUGUUUCAAUCGCUCAAACAACAGAACUCGGUCAAGUAUACACACUCGCUGAACUCAAAGAAAUCUGCGAUGAAGCUCACAAGUACGGACUUAAGGUUCAUAUGGAUGGAGCUAGAUUCGCUAAUGCUUUAGUCAAUCUUAACUGCACACCAGCUGAAAUGUCAUGGAAAGUUGGCGUAGAUGUACUUACAUUUGGCGCUACAAAGAAUGGCGGACUUCUUGGCGAAUUAAUUAUUUUCUUCAACCCAAGCGAUGCAGAAAACUUCGAUUUCCUCCACAAACGUUCUGGCCAACUUAUGUCUAAGACAAGAUUCUUCGCUAUGCAAAUGCUUGCUUAUUUGAAGGAUGAUCUUUGGCUCGAACUCGCAAGACAUUCAAACGCUAUGGCCAAGCGUUUAGCUGAUGGAGUUAAGGAUAUCCCAUCUGUUAAACCAUGGCUUCCUCUUAAUACAAACGAAUUCUUCAUUAUUAUUCCAAAGGAACUUGCUGACAAAUUAUACGAGAAAGGAGUUCACUUCUACGAUUGGGAUCUUAGCAUCUCAUUAUAUCGCUGGGUUACAUCUUGGCAGACAACAGAACAAGAUGUCGACGAUUUCGUCGCCCUUAUCAAGACUUACAGUAAUUUUAUAAAUAAAGAUAUUAGCAGAUAG